UUGUUGUGGAGAUCAUGUUGCUGUGAUGAUUAUGGUUGAGACUUAUGGGUGACGGGAGAAAGUGUGGUCUCUCUGCGUCAGAUAAUAGAGACUAUUAAAGACUCUUUGUCAUCUCACCUAAAUAACCUCCAUUCUUCUUUUAAAACAGCUAUUCUUCUUCCCUUAUGACUCCCAGCCCACUGCUGACUUCCCUCCUGCUGCUCUCUCUUCAUUUCUUCGCCUUCGCUCUUUUCUUACGGCUCCUUUAACCCAUCUCUCCUUCCUCCCUGCCCACUCUCUACCCUUCAGAGUGGCGACACUACGACUGCCUGCGUCAGCCAGCCAGGGGAAGCUGCGACUGGAGGAUGCCGUAUCCUGCAGAGAGCCAAAUGUUUGUGUGUGGAAGUGCAUGAGUGUACGCAGAUGGGAGAGCGAGUGAGUCAGGGACGGCUGCCUCUCAUCUCCCCACUGUCAUCGCCCUCCUUCGCGUACUCCUCUCCUUCUCUGCUGCCAUGGAGCUCCAGCUGGCUGAAUCACCACGGCAUCUGCAGAAAGGGCUGAGCAGGUGAAUGCAUGUGUGCGCAAGGUGCUUGGGCCAGUAUGGGGAGCGUGUGUCCCAGGACGUGGACGUCGGGCUCUGCUGUGGUGUUCUUCAACACCCUGGCUUUGUCCUGGACAGGUGCGAUUGAGCCCGCCCCUAAAAUUGAUGGACGGCACCAGGCAGCGGUGACGAUGCGGGAGAAUAUGACCCACAAGUUCAACUGCCAGUCAGAGGGCUGGGAUCCCCGAGCUCCCCCUCUGCUCACCUGGUACCUCAACGGGGAGCAGCAGAGAGCCCGGCCUCCAAAUCAUGACCGUCUAGUGGCGCCGUCACAACCAGACUCCGAGCUGACGAGACCGGGGAACGACCACAACAGCACCUUCUCUCUGCGGGCCAGAAAGUGGGACCGGGAGCUGGUGUGUGUCGCGUCCAACCCCAGAACAGGAGAGAGCUACAACGCAUCAAUCACCCUCAACGUCCAGUUCCAGCCAGAGGUCCUCAAGGUAAACGCUCACUACAGUGAAAGCUCGGACCCGGGACUGUCCCUGGUCCUCUUCGCCUUGGUGCGGUCCAACCCGCCGGCCACCAUCACCUUCACUGACCAGUCCGGCCAGCCGGUGGCUAACACGUCUGACUUCCUCCUCCUGGACUCACAAAGCUACCCCUGGCUGACCAACCACACCCUGCGGGUCAAGCUGAACGGCCUGUCGGAGAACAUCUCUCUGAACGUCAGCAACAGCGUGGGCGCGGUGCAGAGCAACCUCAAACUGGCAGAGUUCCUGCAGUCCCGCGUGGAGGUGCCCAUGCUGGGGAUAGUGACCGGAGGAGCCAUGGCGUUCAUGGCUCUCCUCAUCCUGACGCUCAUAGUUCUCUGCCUCAUGCAAAAAAACAAGAGCAAGACCUUCGAUGAGCCGGUGGAGAUUCUGAUGACCAAGAAAAGUGAGUCAGCAAAUCUGAAGACGGAGAAGGCAGAUAAGACUCACAUCCCCAGAGAAAACAUGUCUCUGCCUUCCAACAUGCAACUCAAUGACCUCAGCACUUUGAGAAAAGCUAGAGAGGUUGCCCAGCAGAACAGUGUGGGAGAGGAGAAGAAAGAAGAAGAGGAGGAAGAUCUGUCUUUAGCCUACGCAGCAAGAGGGUUUGCCAGAUAUCCCAUGGUGGGCUACAUCUAUAAGGUGAACAGCACCAGCAGCGAGGAGAUCUGGCUCUGACCCACCCCGGCGUGACGCAGAAACUGUAUGUGCAUGCAUAACUCCUUCUAUCGAUGCAGCUGUACAAGAAGACACCCAGAACAACUUACACUCAGUGGUCCAACCUAUAAUCUUCCCUUUCAAGCUGAAACCAGGGUCCAGAAACCACCUGAUGAGAUUUGAUCUGUUUCUGGACGCAUGAACGUCCAUUUUAUGUCCACAAAAGAAAAACUGUAGAUGUAUAAGACCGAAAACAAAUCAGGCGCAGGCAGGUGUUUGCACUGCUGCCGUUGUCUCAACAAUGCAACAUGUGACAUAUGAUUUCCUGUAACCACAUGCUCAUAAUGUCCUCCCUUGUUGCAUCGAUGGUCUUUACGUGCUAAAAUCAGAAUGUUACAUGUGCCAUGAUUAAGAUGGUGCAUAACUGUAUAGAGGAUAUAACUAUUUAUGGACAUGCAACAUGUCAUGUACUGUAUAUUUUUAUGCGUAUGUAUAUGUGUAUAAGAUAGGAAGUCUAAUAAAGAUAAUGAGAUUAUAUGCAAGUGAAAUGCUGAAAAUGCUGUCCGAUUGUCUCACGUCCACCAGGGGGCGCCCUGGGGAGAUGUGAUGAGCUGGUAAACGUGGCUUAUGUGAGUCAUGAGGUUGGGGUGUGUGUUUCACCUGUUGUGGGCUGCUGAAAACACUUUAGGCCUGGUUUUCUGUCAAAAGCAGAUGCAGAAUAGGAAUAAUGCAUUUACAGUCUGUUUUCCUUGUGCGUGUGUGUGUGUGUGUGUGUGUGUGUGUGUGUGUGUGUGUGUGUGUGUGUGUGUGUGUGUGUGUGUGUGUGUGUGUGCCAGGUGUUAGCUCUGGGUCACAGGUUGCUGUGGCUUUUCUUCAAACAGGAAGCACAGUUGUGUUGUGGGAGCAUCUUUCUGCUCUCUUGUUUCUUCCCACUGCUGUUUGUGUGCCGACAUGAACGCAGCCCGCCACACACGUUGGGGAGAAACACUCACAGAACAUUCAUCUGAAUCGCGCUGGUGUUUGCUCUCUUGUUUUUACCAGAUGGAGCUGCUCACUAGUGUCGGCACACAUUUCCCACAGCAACUGCGAAGCACACAGCAGCCGGUGUCGACACAGUCGUCAGUCAGUGCAGAUCAAACUUUAUUAUCAAUAAAUGAUUUUGAUUGUUCCUAACUCGCUGUUGAUAUCUUCGGUGAAAAUAAAAAAAUGCAAAAAAUCAAUAAGUAUCUUAGAAACUGUAUGUUUGAAUGUUUUUUAAGUGAUCCAGUGUUGAAACUUUGACGUUUUUCUGCACCAAACAUGCCAUUUUUAGUUCAAAAUAAACACUAUUACUGGUGUUAAAUAAUUUAUAUGGGUAAAGAUUGCUGUAAACAUGUCACAGGUGAAACACAGGAGUGCUGUAGAAAUCAACAAAGCCCGGCGGGACUGGAAACAAACCAAUCACACUGACUUCCUUUCUCUCUCAAGCACACACACAGACACACACAGACACACACAGACACACACAGACACACACAGACACACACGGACACACACAGACACACACUGAGGCAUUUCAACGGCCGACAGAGACUUGAUGCUUUAACACCUGAAACACAUCAGAACUUUAUUUCAAGGUCAGUGCUUUUAUUUAAAGACCUGUGAGGAGAAAACAAUGAAAUAUCAGCUUCUGCUGCUUUGGACUCUGACAGCGUUUGUCAGCUGUGCCGAAGACAGUGAGUACACUUUUUCUAAUCUUUACAUGAAAGAGCAUGUGAAAAAUUAUCACUUUUUAAGUUAGAAGAAGCAGCUGCAAAGACACCGGAUGGUACAUGCUUUUUGUUGAAUGUUUCUUUUUCUUGCACAGCGAUUAAAGAUGUAAAAGUGG